CAUUGGUGUUACUGUUCAGUUAUAUUUGGGGUUUAAGAUGUUGAAACAUCGGGCCAGUUUUAUUCAUACCUUUAAUUAGAAAGGAAUGAAAAAACCUUUCAGAAGAGAAACUGGUUUCGCCUUUUCACUCAGGUGCUUAAAUUUAGCAUGGACCUUGAGACUGUCAUGUUACCUAGGUAGCGAGGAAGAAUACAGGUUGUGAUUAAGGUUCCUUAAUUCUGUUGGAAGAAUAUCUCCUUUAAAACAUUAAGUCUAGUUACAGCAACUACUUAGUCCUUUUGGUGAAAUACAAGAGCUCUGAAAUCCAGGCAUAGGUGGACAGGAGUGAACUCAAUAAACAUCAUUUGACUGUGGUCACUAAAGAGCUUUAUCAAGCUAGUUUCUGAUUUAAGUCAUUUAAGUGAUAUCUCCUAGCUAAGGCCUCAGUCAAUGAAUGUUCUGGUUUUUAUAUGUAUCUCUAGAUUUUUAGUUUGCUUCUUUUUUAACCUUGUUUAAAUAUACAAAGGAGAGUCGGUUACUAACUAGGGAAGUCUCCUUUGAAUUUAAGAUUCUGUAAUCAGGGAAAUAUAUUUUACAGAUUUAUUAUAUAUAACUCAUCAUCUGGCUUCAGAGAAACCAAAUGUUUGAAGUUGCCAAUUAAAAAAAUCUCAGUCCCUUACUUUGGAGAAAUAUAAUUACUAUACUCAUACCUAAUGACUUUCAGAUAUUUGUAAUCUGUAUAUUUUUCCUUUAAGAAGCUCUCUCUCUGAUACAUGAUCUUCUAAACUUAAAAUUUAGAGUCCUUCAUAUUUCUUACCGUUUGUGGCAUUACUUGGAUUUUGUAUGUUAUUCCUUCCUUAACAUAAUACAUCUUUCCUGCGGGCAUUUCAGGCCCACAAAGAGGACAACUGGUGAGUAUGGGCAGAAGCAGCCAGAAAUUAGCAAAUGGCAAUUUUUUUUUUUAGCAGAAGCUUUUUAAAACUUUAUUCCAAAUAAAUGUGUUUUCUCUGUGGAUAUUAAUAUCCUGUGUUGACGCAGGAUAAUACCAGCGCAGAUAACGGAGUUCUCAUAGCAUAAACAUCAUGUGGCAGAGUAGAGAGUUUGCUGUGUUCACAUAAAUAUGAAGCCUUGUUUCUACUUCAGCCCUACCAGACCCAAAAUAUACAUCAAAUACUAUCUUUCCCUUCAGUUGUCAGCUUUGAACUUUGGGCUUUAAGUUGGAUAAAAAGGCAGGUCAAGUACAGUUAUAUCAGGUCAAGUUCCUUGACAGACUGAUUCUUAAUUUUAUGAUUUUUGAUUUAUUAACUGUAGGUAAAUACUGAAGUGUGUUUAUACUGCGCUAACUGAAGGCUUACAGGGCUCUGCCUGUCAUGUAUGCUGUAGCGCUUGACCUUCGAAUAUUUGCCAAUAAUGCGGACCAGCAGCUGGUGAAGAAAGGGAGGAGCAAGGUUGGGGACAUGCUGGAAAAGGCGGCUGAGUUGUUGAUGAGCUGUUUCCGCGUCUGCGCCAGCGACACUCGGGCUGGCAUCGAGGACUCUAAGAAGUGGGGGAUGCUGUUCUUGGUGAACCAGCUAUUCAAGAUCUACUUUAAGAUAAACAAGCUGCACUUGUGCAAGCCCCUCAUCAGAGCCAUCGACAGCUCCAACCUGAAGGACGACUACAGCACCGCCCAGAGGGUGACGUUCAGGUACUACGUCGGGCGCAAGGCCAUGUUCGACAGUGACUUCAAGCAAGCCGAGGAGUACCUGUCCUUUGCCUUCGAGCACUGCCACCGCUCGAGUCAGAAGAACAAACGGAUGAUUCUCAUCUAUUUACUCCCAGUGAAAAUGCUGCUGGGUCAUAUGCCGACCAUCGAGCUGUUGAGAAAGUAUCACCUCAUGCAGUUUGCCGAAGUGACCAAAGCUGUCAGCGAAGGCAAUCUUCUGCUGUUGAACGAGGCUCUGACGAAGCACGAGACCUUCUUUAUCCGCUGUGGCAUUUUCCUUAUCCUUGAGAAGCUGAAGAUCAUCACCUACAGGAAUCUCUUCAAGAAAGUGUACCUGCUGCUCAGAACACACCAGUUGUCUCUGGACGCUUUCCUGGUUGCCUUGAAGUUCAUGCGAGUGGAGGACGUGGACAUCGAUGAGGUCCAGUGCAUCCUGGCCAACCUGAUCUACAUGGGCCACAUUAAAGGCUACAUAUCACAUCAGCAUCAGAAGCUGGUUGUUAGCAAGCAGAACCCGUUCCCCCCGCUGUCGACAGUGUGUUGAGUGCGUGCACGGUCCCGAGGACGGGAGGACGGCAUGUUCCUUCAGUCACCGUUUGCGCAGAUGAAAUCCAUCCUGUGCCAGGACCUCUGCCGCCAGGAUCUCUGGGCUCGUUUCUCUGGGCUCGCAACUGAGGUCCACCAUGCGGAGAGCGGGAGCUCCUUCAGAAAAUGUGGACGGGCGAAGGGGCUCUGUGCCCCGCACAGCUCUGUUACCUCAGAGGUGCUGUUCCUAAAGGCACCUUUGUAAAUUUUUACGUAACCCUUCCUCUGAAACAGCGUCCUGAGUUUAUACGAAUGGCGUGUCCUUUAUUCUGUCUUCUGGGGGCACGUCUAUUUUUAUAUGUUAAAUUUGAACUUUGUAUCUGAUCAAAGUGGUUAAUUUAAGGCUUCUUUAUACAAAAUGAAUUUACUUUUUCCACAUUUUACAGCCUGCCAUGUUUUCAGAGUGUGCACAUUUCCUCUGUUCGUGCAAAAUUUACUAAAGAAAAUGUCCUAAGUGCUUUCA